AUGCGGUUUGGCCGGCGCAGAUCGGGUCUAGCAGCCGACUCUUUCCAGACUGAACCCGAAACUCGUCGACGAAACCGACUGUCGAAGCCCCUCACGAGCAACGCAACCAAGAUCCAGACCUCCACGAGUGCACUGGCGCUUAGUCUGCAGGUUCCCACUCAGAGCAAGAAUGCAAGCACAACGGAGCUGCCUGCCAGCCCGUUGUCGGCGAUCUCAGGCACUGUGUUGCGCCAGCACAUCCGGAACGACAUCCUCGCCCAAGAAGAUGACAGUCACUCCCCCACUCGUACAGUCAAGAACGACUCGAGUUGGAGGGUAGCCUACAUGGUCAGUCGACUUGAAGGAAAGAAGCCAACAGCUGAAACACCCCAGAAGCAAGCGCAGCAGCAGCCGCUAGAGCCGGCGCCGUUGUCUCCAGUCAAGCCGCAGAAGAGGAAGUCUAUUCUACUUCGCCGGUUGUCAUUGCAGAGGCAGUCCAGUCUAAGCCGAACCCCCAGUUAUGAACGAGUUAACUCGCUCAAGUCUGAGACGGCGGUUACGAACACACCAACUCCUUCGCUCGACCAGAUUGUGGAAUCGCCUUCCAUUCCUCCAACCCGUCGGGCCUCUUUUGCCCCUGGCACUGCCACUAGGAGAACAUCCCCCAUCAAGGCCAAACAAGAUAUACAAGUGCAUAAGUUUCAAGAGCUGGAAGACACUGCAGCGAGAGUUGUCGAUUCGGAUUAUUUGGACUGGCAACCUCCCCCACCAAGGACCGUUGGCAGGGCCGGUACACCGUCAGACAUGGGCUAUUUGCAACUGGGCGGUUUGAGACAUGGUUCUCUACAAAUCGUCAACGGUCGUGCCUCACCGGCUUUCAGCGAAGCGUCCAAGGUGUCGAGGCAGCUUCUGACGAACCAUACACCGCCGCACCGAGAUGUGUCUAGUGAAUACGGCGAUGCUGAUGAAGAGGUCGAACAAACCGAUCUCCCAUCCAUUCACGGCGACCGCAAUGGGCCAGUGGAGCGUCGAAUUUUCAGCUGGGAAAAGGAUGAUGACGAGGUCAUUCCGCGAAGCCAUCCACUGCAGACCGUCAUGAAUCCAGAAGAAGACACCACCACUGGGAACCACACGUCGCUGAUGGCAAAUGAAUACAUUGCCGAGCUCCCAGCUAGUCCUUUCGAGCAGCAAAGGCAGAGCUCUCCCGUCGACAGUAUUCGAAGAGCUCGAUCUGAUUCGUCCCUCUUCUGGAGGCCCAGCUCGCGCUCAUCACUGCAAAGGUCACCUUCAGUUGAGAAAGGCUCGAGUGAGCUCUCUCCAAGCAGUCCCUUGCAGCUGUCGGUCUCUCCAACUGGCUCGGUAAUCCGCAAAACGAGUUUCGAGACAGCGGGCCGACGACUCCUGCAAAUGACGCCUGAUCAUAAACACCACACUUCUGAUAGCACAAUGAGCUGGCAUUCUCCGAUGGAGGCAAUAGACCCAGCUGACGAAGCCUUUCAAUCAGCGGUCGAGUUCCAAGUCCAGCUCUCACCCACUAGAAAUGGACUUAAACCAUUUCGUGCGCCAGAGAAAUCAGAUAGUGGCUAUAGCUCCAGCAACUCUCUCCGAUCUUUUCACGCCGCGAAGCGGACAACACCACCGCCGGUAGAGAUGGAAGCAUUCCCACAGGUCUCAAAUUCGACAACGGGCGGCGCUACGCCACAAUCAGCUCGACCUGCCUCCUUCCUUGUCAACAGACCAUCCAUUCUGAAGUUGCGAAGGACUGAGCUCAAUGUGCCGACUCUUGCCAAUAUGCGAUCCAGCGUCGUGUCAGCAGAGCCGGCGGUUGCCUCGAUGGCAACAGCUGUACCUGGGACUGCGAACGAUGAAGCCAAGCCUGGAAAAGCCCGGAAAAAGUUGCUGAAGAAAAGACGCCCAGUGAGCCAAAGUCCCGGUCAGAUUUCUCUCGUCAAGGUCCAGUCCUUUGAGGUGGAAAGCAUCCCUCAGGUUUCUCCGGCGGCACGAGAAAACCUUCGCGUAAGGUCGCAGACAGUCCCUGAACUGGAGCGAACGUAUAUGCCACCGGACAUCAUGGAAAACACGCCAAAUAGAUCUCUGCUUGACCUGUCCAAUACCGCUUUCAGGUUUCCCUCGCCUGGUCCGGUGCAGUCUCUUCAAGUCAAGCGAUCGAGGUCUCGUAGUCGACCAAGGACGUGGUUUGAACGUUCCAAAACGGACAUUACAGAUUCGAGAGGCGAUUCAGGCAUCAGUCGAGCCGAGGCGAAUGCCAUCAUUGAUCGUUAUGGUACUGACAGUGCAGGAUUGGGAAGAAGUCCAUACGACUUGAGCAGCCACGGUGCUCUUUCGCAGAAGUCAGGGACUGUGCCUAUCAUCUCUACGGCUCUUCCUCCCCAACCCCGCUCGAUGAUGGACGAUAGAACAGCCGCAGAGUUGUCCCGGGGUCGAAGUCGAUCGCUUCGGGAGCGUGAAUAUACUGUCCCAGGGCGGCGACUUUCCUUCAAUGACAGAGGUGGCAUACCUGGUAAGAACCUUAGCCCAGCCGGGUUUUCCAGUGAAGCACCUCCGAUCACAUCUGAAAUGUUGGAGAAGGCAUAUCGGACCUCUUCUAUGCAACGACAACCGUCAUGGAGCACCGAUCUAGCGCCACCUCCUCCACCACAUGCAUCGCGUCCUUCAUAUCUUAAUUAUGAGGAGGUUGAGUGUGAUGCAGUGGCGCCGCCACCUCCGCCGCAUUCACCUCAGCCGGUCGACAUAACGGCUGACCCUUGGGUUGCUCGGGCUGCGGCGUGGAAGGCUCGUAGAAAGUCUGCAGGCGAAGCUCUAAGACGACAAGCCUGGGACUAUCAGGAGUACGAGGGGUAUCAUGAAAGCUCCGAUAAUGAGCUUCUAUACCCAGUUAUACCUCCGGGACAGCAAUCCGAGCGGGCGCAAUACCUCUCUCCCAAGAAGUUCUCCUCAUCCCCACAAGAGUACCACCGAGGGAACAUGGGCCCGUCACGGCACCAACAGGUGUAUCGAUCGCCAUACGAGGCAGAUGAUCAUGAACCUACGUACGCGAGACCGUACGGAGAGUACCCCAUACCGCACGACACUCGCUACCCAUAUAUGAACCAAUCGAGAGAAGCUUCCCGCCACCGCCCUCUCCCGCAGCCUCGGCCUGCGAACGGAGCUGUUACCCCACGACCACACUCGAGAGCAAAUAGUGCACGCAGCUUUGCCUCGUCAAUAGCGGAAGAACUGCAUCCACGGCAUCUGGACAGGCAGCAUCCUCCGCCAGCAUUUGGUCGCUAUUCGGGUGGAAUGGCCUUCGGCUAUGAACACGGAAGUGGAUUCGGCGGCUCAGCCGGGACCAGAUCUUCCAGCGGGCAAGCCGGCGCUUCGAGGAAAGGCGUUUACCUAACGGCUAGCCACGGCGUUGACCUGGGAGAUGUGCCUGUUGGGAUCAUGGCGAGACAGUGA